AUGAUAGACACAAACACAUCGAGGAAGCACAGGGCGCCCGCGGCGCCCAUCACACUUAAAGGUCGGGCGAAGCCCGACAUUCAGCGCGCUUAUAGGGCGCCCGGGGCGCCCAUCACACUUAAAGGUCGGGCGAAGCCCGACAUUCAUCGCGCUUCGCGCGCUCUUACAUACAGGGCGCCCGCGGCGCCCUUCACGCUUAAAGGUCGGGCAAAGCCCGACAUUCAGCGCGCUUCGCGCGCUCUUACAUACAGGGCGCCCGCGGCGCCCUUCACGCUUAAAGGUCGGGCGAAGCACGACAUUCAUCGCGCUUCGCGCGCUCUUACAUACAGGGCGCCCGCGGCGCCCUUCACGCUUAAAGGUCGGGCGAAGCCCGACAUUCAGCGCGCUUCGCGCGCUCUUACAUACAGGGCGCCCGCGGCGCCCUUCACGCUUAAAGGUCGGGCGAAGCCCGACAUUCAUCGCGCUUCGCGCGCUCUUACAUACAGGGCGCCCGCGGCGCCCUUCACGCUUAAAGGUCGGGCGAAGCCCGACAUUCAUCACGCUUCGCGCGCUCUUACAUACAGGGCGCCUGCGGCGCCCUUCACACCUCUUACAUACAGGGCGCCUACGGCGCCCUUCACGUACAGGGUGCCUGCGGCGCCCUUUACACUUAACAGGACAUUCAGCGCCCUUCGCGACAACAAUCAAGCACCGUCUUAA